AUGUCAGGACAUGCAACGUUUUUAAAGAGGUUCUUUCGCAUUAAUGAGCACUGCUUCCAUCCGGAUCCAUCGUGUAAUAUCUCAACCGCCAGCACCAGCAAUGUCGACGGCGUAGGAAAAUUGGUUGCUUGGAGGCAACAAAUGCCUGUGGCUAAAAAUACCGCACUGUAUGCCGAUCUAAACCCUACGGGAGGGUACAACGGCAACUACGGCACUGGGGAGCAGGUACUCCAGGAAAAACGUGCCCCACCUUCUCAAAACCCUGUACGGGACCGAGUAGCAUCGGUGCAAGUAACUGAUUUUGCAAAACGACGGAGAAAACAAUCUGGCCGUGGGCAGUUCGAGUGUCAGUGGUGCGGUGCUGAUUUCACAGCUAAACAUAACCUUAAACGUAAGACCUUGAUAUUUUUUGUUUUCUGUGUUUCCUUUACGCUCCGUCUUGCCCUUAGAUCACAUUAA